CCUUUAUUUUUUUUGCGAAAUAAGGAGAAUACCCCCGUCUAUGAGUUUUCAACUAAGAAGGCACAAGAGAAGCUGGUGGUAUCCUUAGAGGUACAUGGUGGGUAAGUAUAUAAUAGCUGUAAGGAGACCGCCAAGUAUUAUCUCAUAGUGAAGGCCACCUACUCCUUUUCCUCUUGCAAAUAUCCAAAUAUACUUUUGUUUUUAAAAAUGAAACUGUGCAAGCCGUUUACUUUAAGCUUUACAAUUUUCUUUUCUUUUUUAAUAACUGAUUUAGCGUCAACAAGAGUAUUUUUAACUUUUGAACUGAAAAAGAAUCGAGAACUUUGUUUCUUUGAACCCGCUAAAAAAAACGAAAGCGUUUCUUUCGAUUGGUACAGCAUUAGUGACGAAGAAGAAGAUGAGAAUUCUAUUACUACUAGACUUAUUGACCCAACUGGCCAGACAGAAGUAUUUCAUUCUGAAAUUUCAACUCAAGAAAAAAGAGUCAAUCAGGAAGGAGUAUAUGAAAUUUGUUUUCUUCUUACCCGCUUAAAAAAUGUUUGGCUCAGCUUAGAUAUCUUUAAAGAAGAAGACUCAAACUUCUUUGAAGACAACAAAAAAAGUGGCGAGGCUAUAUUUGAGAUUGGUCAGCUAUACAUGCAGAGCCUUUAUAACCACUUGUCUCAAGCGCUGAGGACUUUAAACUACUUGCGUAACAGGGAAUUGCACCACCGGGACAUCGCUGAAAGCACCGCCAACAGAGUCGUAUUGUGGUCUUUGGUAGAAUGUCUCGUUCUUCUUAGUGUUGCAGGAGUACAAGUUUAUCUCGUUCGCAGGAUGUUUAGCAAAUCUGCAAGCUAUACCAGUUUUAAAUAACUUUUACUGCAGCUUAAAAACUUUUUGUU